AUGUCAACUACAAAAGCUUCAAAAUCUCUCGAUAUUGCUGAAGAAAUUAGAAAGCUGAACCUUCGAAAUUCUGGUGAGCCCCUGUUCAAACUUUUUAUAAUCACAAGAAAUAUUGGACUCGCGAACCAAACCUUUGGGGGAACUGUAAGCGAUUGGGACAUUCAUUAUGUCAAUGAAAAUCCUGGAUGCACUAAAGAAGAAGCACACCGAAACCUUGGUGUUGAACUUGAUAUCCUCCUUAACAAACUGCCGAAAAGAAGUCGUCGUUAUACUAAAGCGGUCACCUUGGAAAAAGGCCUUGGAGGUCAGUCUUUUUUAUUAUUAUGGGCACGUUCCAAGCCCUGCAGUCACGUCCCACUAUAUUAUGCGUUGGAUGCCCUAUUAUUUUUCAUUUUGCCCAUACCUUGCAGUCAUGUUCUGAGUGAUUUAUCACACAAGGCAACUCACGUUGUUGCCCGAAGUGGGGAAGCAUGUUAUGGUCUGGAACGAUUCCGCAAUGAUUUAUGGAAAAAUCAUCUCAGGAAAUUAGAAUCACUUGCUAUUUUGGAUCGAGUAUAUAGACGUGAAAUAAAAAGCAUCGCCAUACAAGAAGAAAUUGGGCGAGCCGAAGAGCAUUUAUCAAAUAAACGUUGUCAACGCGAUUGUACUCCGGAAGGUAAGGUCAAAGCCGUCGACUCGGAUGAGGUCCCAUCUGCAACAACAACAACUUCGUUGUAUGUUCCAUCUUCUCCCUCAACUUCUGAUUGUACUAUUAACGAAGAAUAUAUAAAGGCAGAAAAGCGUAGUUACUAUAUGAACUACUUUACUGGUCCUGGUGCUCCCGAAUGGCACCUGAACAAAGAUUCAACUCGUUGGAUUGUGAGAAGCAUCGACAUUUCUGAGAUAUGUCUAGAGUAUCGUGUAGCAGUGGUCAAAAAAUGCGAAUCCAUAGCAGUCAUUUUAAGUGCUAUUGAGGAACUGGCCUUAAGCCAUGUGUUUGUUUUUCAUGAAGAAGGCCCCCACGGACUGUGCGAAUAUAUUGAUGACGAACUGUGGGAAGAGCUUUUUGUCGAGUUUCGAAAACUUUAUCCAUACGCAUUAAUCCCGGAUAAGAUUUGUGAUUUGUUUGCAAAUAUUGUUAAGAUCGCGUGUGAGAGGCCAAAUCGCAGAGAACGUCAGAUAGUUGCAAGGCGCUACUUACGAGAUUUUGAGACCACAACUGAAGAAGAAGAAAUAUUGAUAGAGAUAUUCAGGGAUUUGAUCGACAACGAGCAAUCUUCGUUCACGAGAAAUAAUAUGGUCGAGGACACUCACACUAUCCUUUGUUUUUUGCGGUUUUACCUCGCCGAUGAGCAACUCAACAUGUCUCUUAGGAUUUGUCGCAUGAUUUUAAUUGGAGAAUUCGAGCUCCCGAGGAGUUUCACGUCGUGGGGAACUAUUUUGCAGUGCUACCAGGUCUUAAACACAAUUCAGGUCAUAGUCAACGACGGAGCCUCUCAAUACCA